AUGGGUCGCCGUGCUGUUCUGCAGCUGAGAGAUCGUCUUAUAAAGCAAUUUAAUUUAGAAUCUCAAGUAGGUGACCUACUAUUGGGUAAAAGAAAAAAGAAUGAUUUGAAAGUUACUGCUGCAAAAUUUGAAAGAAAUGAAACAGAAAGAGGCAUUAUUUACAGAAUGGAAUUUGAAAAUGCAUCCAAUUUUUUUUUAAAUGGUUUAGAUAUGUCGAAUUCGGAAGUUAUUGAGAGUGAAACUUUAAACAAUGUUCAAUUAAAAGCAAAGGUUAUUAGCUCGAAAAAAAGUGAUUUAAUUGAAACAAAUACUGAAAAUAAAUCUGAAAAAGACAUAAGUCGCAGCUCAGAGGAGUGCAAUUAUUGCCCAAAUUUAUCUAAUCUGAAAAGUCUCCCUACCACAAUACCAUGGUUAUUUGAACUUAAUAUGAACAGGUUGUUUCCUACAAUGCAUCUUUUAUGGAUCCACAGCUCUAUAAUUUCAAUUCCAAGUAUUAUAAUUUUGAGAAAUGCAAAACAAUUCAUAUUUAAUGGAGCUGAUUUAAUGGCAGGAGGCAUCAUUUUUGAAUCAACUAGGAAUAUAACAAACAUUAGAAAAGAUCAGAUUUGGACAAUUAAGUGCAUCGGUGAUGAUUAUCCAAUAGCUAUUGGUGUAUCUUUGGUUGACUGGGAUGAUAUUUCAAACCAAAUUAUUCGUAAAGGUAAAGUCUUGAAGGUUAUUCACCACUGUAAUGACUUUCUUUCAUUAGAAGGAAAUAUGGAUUUCAACGAAAAAAAAAACUUUAAUGAGGAAAAAGAAACCAAAUUAAAUAAUGAUGAGCAAAAGUUAACAUCAGAAGUUACCAAAGAGUUUCAAAAUAUAAGUUUAGAAAGAAAUGAAUGUUUAGUUUUAGAAAAAAAUCAAGGUUCAUUAGAAAAAUAUACCAAUGAGUUUCAAGUACCAGAAAAUGAGUUAAUUUCAUCAUCAAAACAAUUUGAGUAUGUAAUUUCUCAGAAUAAUUGUGAAAAACAACCUGAAGAACUUUCUCAAGAUGCUUAUGACUUUUUAUUGGAAACUUCAUUAUUAAAAGUCAUUUCUGAAUACUCUUCUAAUAAGAAUUUACUUCCUGUAGAUACGUCUGCUAUUUGGGAUAAGAUUUCUAGACUCUGUUUGCAUAACUUUGGAAUUCAGGUCGAUAUUAAAAAAUCAUCAUUUAUAAAGGUUCAAAAGUUUUUCCAAUAUUAUUCUAAGAAAAAUAUUCUCUUGAUUAAACAAGGAAGAGGAGGAGCACUGAAUGUUGUAGACAUUAAUUACGAAGAAAUUAAAAAAAUUGAGAACAGUUUGGAUAACAAAAUAUCACUGAAACUUCCUCCAAUUAAAAAAAAAUCCUUUUCAGGAGGUGAAAAUACAUUAAGUAAGAUAAGUAACUCACAUAUUGAGGUUGUCCUGCUUUAUCAACCUGAACAAAACUUCCUCCCAAUUGUGGAUUAUUACAAUUCCAAAGAAAUGAACCAUCUUGGUAGAGUUUUAAAAAUAAAGACAUCAAGAGGUGAAAAAGAGCAAACAUUUAUUUCAGUUGCAGAUGCAAAAACCGCAUUAGAAUACUAUAUAAAUUCGAAUAAUCUCAAAACAAGUGACCCCAACUCUAAUUCAGCAGGAAGGCUUUCUAAUAUAAAACUGGAUGAAGUUCUUCUAAGCCUGUUUAACAAGUACUUAGGUGAUAAAUCCAUUAAUUCACAGAAUAAAGUUAUUCCUAUAUCUUUGGCUUACAGAGAAAUCCAAAACUUCUUAAAAGUGUUUCAUUAUAUUAGAAAUGAAGGAGAUCCAGAUUCUGAAAAUAGACCAAAUAUAUAUAAAGGGCCAUGUAAAACCGUAGAGAUUUAUACUGAAUCUAGAAUGGGAACUAGAAAACAUGUUACUAUUAUUAGCCCAUUUAUUAGCCAUUUCAAUCUAGACCCUCAAGAAGUUGCUGAGUCCUGCCAAAAAAAGUUUGCAUGUUCUGCAACAGUUUCUCAAAUAAAAAAGUAUCCAUCAAAUAACAAUUUAGGGAUAAUUAUUCAGGGAAAUGUAGUUUCGCAAUUAUCAACUUUUUUGAAUUCAAGAUGGGGAAUUCCAAAGUCUUAUAUAAAACAAUGUUAA